AUGAUGCGGGGGAAAAGCUCUGUGCACGCAUGUAUGAACACAGCAACAUUUACUUUGAUCAGUCCUGUGGAGGGGUCUCCCUCGAUGUCAAAAAUGGAGAUGACUUCCCCUACAUGCCAACUGGAUGGGGGUAACAAGAUUUCAUCUCUAGUUGUAGGCAACCGCUGCACCCUGAAGAUAUGGAGCAAGUCUGGUAAAACUGGAAACAACCGUUCCUUCAACGCUGGAGUGGUCUACCAGUUAAAGGACUAUACCAAUGGACUAUUUGGAAACUGGAAUGAUGCCAUCAGCUCUUAUUACUGUACCUGCACAUAA